GAAAACACACAUUACAUACACCGUUUCACACACAAACGCCGGCAACAUUUUGCUGCGAAAAAAUUUAAUUAUUUAUGUGCAAAAAGGGCACUUACUACAUUAAAGAAUAAGCUGGGACACGAGCUUAGAGCCAAGCGCUUGAAAUAAAACAGUUAUUGCAAGGAUUAGUUGGAUACAUUUUAAAGUUGAUAUAGCAACUUUUCGCAUUUUCUGUGUGCGUGCUUGCCUCUGCUCUCGCGCGCGUGUGUGUGUGUGUGUGUGUGUAUAACAUAAUAAUGGCGUCCACACAAGUCUCAAAUAAGUCGGGCAGCGGAUGGCCCCGCCGUGGCAGUCAAGGCCAGGCGGAUGCCUCGGCCAGCAAUAAUGGCACGCAAAAAUAUAAUAACAAUCAGGCUCUAACCAUAAAUCGUACAAUCAAUCUUUAUCCUUUGACCAAUUACACAUUUGGCACCAAGGAGCCGCUAUUUGAAAAGGAUCCAUCGGUGCCAUCGCGUUUUCAACGAAUGCGCGAGGAAUUCGAUCGCAUUGGGAUGCGACGAUCCGUUGAGGGUGUUUUAUUAGUCCAUGAACAUGGUUUGCCGCAUGUCCUGCUUUUGCAAUUGGGCACAACAUUCUUUAAAUUGCCUGGCGGUGAACUAAAUGCCGGCGAAGAUGAGGUCGAUGGCCUAAAGAGAUUACUUUCCGAGACGCUGGGUCGUCAGGAUGGUGUCAAGCAGGACUGGAUUGUUGAGGACACCAUUGGCAAUUGGUGGCGUCCCAAUUUCGAGCCUCCGCAAUAUCCCUACAUUCCGCCCCAUAUAACAAAACCCAAAGAGCAUAAGCGUCUCUUUCUUGUACAGCUGCAUGAAAAGGAUGAUACGGACAGGAACGCCAGUUACUACGAUGUACCCUGAGCUGUUCCGCCCCCCUCCAACAUUUUCUCUCAGUGUGUGUGUGUGUGUGUAUCACUCGUUAACCAAAAAUCCAACCUCUCCAACCAAAUAUUCUCAAGAGUGCGCGCCGCCCGCCUCCACAAGUAGCCAAACAGCAACCACAAAGCGAAAAAGAAAAAGCACAGAACAGACACAGAACCAGGCGCACAAAAACCAACCUAUCUUCCAUAGUUCCUUGUUCUUGGUCUCGCAAAUUCGAUACAUAUACAUACAUAUAUACAACAUUUUUUUUUUUUUGUUACUAUCAGAAUGAUAUAAUUCUUGAUGAUAUAUAGUUAUUGUUGUCGAUAUCAUAAAUAUCUUGUGUUUGGCUCAGCUCGCGCGUGUUGGCAUAUGUUUGUUUUUUUUUUGUUGUUCUUGUUUUCUUCUUAUUCCAUAGAAUUUAUACUAAAUUUGGGAAAAUUCUAUGUGAGCGAGAGAGAGAGAGAAAUUGUUGUUGUUUGUGUUUUUUUAAAAACAUAUAUAAUUUUGUAAAUAUGUCGACAUCUGGCGGCUCUUUAUAUAAGAAUUUCCCCCUCAAAACUAUUUCCUAAAAUUGAUUGUGAUGUUAAAGGUUUUUUUUUUUUGUUUUUUUGUAAUAUACAUAUUAGCAUACCAUUUAUCUACUAUACUAUAUAGAGGAUAAUGUACAAGUAUUUUUACAAGCAAACAAAGCAUUUUUGUAACAAUUUGUUAUUGUUAUUAUUGUUGUUGUGGAAUUGCUGGCUGGAAUAAUGUUUGCAAAUCUUGCGUGUUUAGGCAGAGAUUUGCUUGCAUACGAGCGCCCAGCCAGCAUAUAGGUUUCUAGGGAUCAACAAAACCCCCCAAAAGUCCUUCCAACGCCCCCGCCCACAACAGUAAAAAAAAAAAAUGAAUCACCACCAAUUACCCUCAAAUUAGUAGUAGUCGCUCUUACUAAGCUAAGCACUCGUCAAUUUAUCAAUUAUGUAAAAGCAACUCUGUUUAUAUACUUAUUUUCAUAAAUUACUUUU